ACCUCCCAUUCGGAAGGCGGAGCGCCGAUGUCACAGAUGAAUGCGCGAUCGGCACUGCAUCGUUCUGUCAGUGCCGCAGAUAGAAUUUGAAGGCAUUUGAAGUUAGGGUUGAUCGUCAGCUGGACAAAGAAUUGCUGAAGAAUGACGUCGAGGUGCCCCAGAUGCACAAAUGAUGUGUUUUUUGCUGAGAAGGUGAGCUCGCUGGGGAAAAACUGGCACCGGUUCUGCCUGAAAUGUGAACGCUGUAACAAGACCCUGUCGGCUGGCAACCAUGCUGAGCAUGAUGGGUUGCCCUACUGUCACAAACCAUGCUACGGAACUCUCUUCGGACCCAAAGGUGUGAACAUUGGAGGGGCAGGCUCCUACAUCUACGACACUCCUCAACCCGCCUUUGACAGCCCCUCAGAAGGAUCUCCCACCACACCAUGGACCACCGUGCAGGUCACCCGGAACCAACCCAAAGUACCUCCCCCUCAGACCAGGAUGUUUGCUGGAGAGACCUCACUAUGUCCUGGCUGUGAAAAAGUGGUCUAUUUUGCAGAGAAGGUGAUGUCCCUGGGUAGGAACUGGCACCGACCCUGCCUGCGCUGUGAGAGGUGUAAGAAGACACUGACCUCUGGUGGACAUGCUGAGCAUGAAGGGAUACCUUAUUGCCACGUCCCUUGCUACGGCAUCCUGUAUGGACCAAAAGGAGUGAACAUCGGCAAGGUGGGCUGUUACAUCUAUGAGAAGGAAGACAUGGAGCAAACUGAAAUACCCAGCCAGUCUUAACCACACACUAAAAGUGAGAUGAAUGGGGUUUCUGUUUGAUUAGGGUCAUUUCAGUGACUGAAUUGAGUGUCUGAAAUUACUGAAUUGAGUGACUGAAAUGAUUCACUGACUGAAUUGACAGGUAUUGCAAUGGAACCGACCACACGCUUGCUGAUAAACAUGAGGUAUUUUUUAGUGUAUUUUUACAUAUUGUUUGUAUAACAUAAUAAUGUUUCAGAAUAUUUAAAUCACUUUUGCAACCUGCUAAGCACAGAUUUAUAAAAUACGUAUUUAACAACAGUUUCAUAUCCAAUAUUAAAGAUUGAUUGUAUAUAUUUGCCAAUGGUUAUGGUGAGGAUGAAUGCAUAAAGAGUUAUGAUACAUUAUCAAAAAUAAUAUUUUGUUCCUCAUUCAUAUGAAACAGAAAGGAGUCUUUACUAAAUUAGAUAAUGCAGUAUUGCAAUUGAGUGGAAAAUUUGAAUUUGUAUAGGAGGAAUAAAAUGAAUUAUGCUUC